AUGUUGAAAUGGUUCGGCAUGCAAGACUCCAAAAAGGGAAUUUUACUUUGCAGCCACAGAAUUCAUCUUUCAAAAGAUAUGAGUCCAAAGAUUAAUCAAGAGUGCGAGCAGAUGCGUGGGAUACCCUAUGCUUCAAUCAUCAGUAGUCUCAUGUACGCUAUGUUAUGUACUAGGCCUGUUAUAUCGUACGUUGUGAGUGUUAUAAGCAGAUAUCAGUCCGACCUAGGGGAAAAACACUGGUCAACUGUUAAGACGAUCCUUAAGUCCUUAAGAAGAACCAAGGAUCUAGUACUAAGUUAUGGAGGUUCAGAGUUGAAAAUUGAUGGAUACUCUGAUUCUGAUUUUCAAUCAGAUGUGGAUGAUAGAAAGUCUACAUCCGGGUUCAUUUUCAUAUGCAAUGGAGGUGUAGUUUGUUGGAAGAGUUCAAAACAGUUGACUACUGCUGAUUCCACUACAGAAGCUUAA